AUGACCGGCGCAGCUUGGAUAAAAGCCGCCCUUUUGGCGGUGGCACUGGCGACAGCAACGGGGAAUCUAAAAGGGGAGCCGGAGGACCUUGACGUCGCAGGAGUCAGCGUCUUCCAGGACCUUGCAGAAAUCGACCUCCUGCCGGAAGAGAGUCAGCAAGUUUCCGCUGUCGCCACAGCUGAUCUCCAAACUGCAGCUACAGGAUACGGGAAGGGGGGCCACAAGGCGCACAAGGGCCACAAGGGCUACAAAGGCAGCCAUCACGAAAAGAAAGGCUACAAAGGGCACAAGGGCCACAAGGCUGAGAAGGGUCACAAAGGGCAUCACUACGGCGAUCAUGGAAAAGCUCACAAGAAGGGAUACCAUGACAAGGGAGGUAAGAAAUACAAGGGGCAUCACCACAAGGCCAAGUACCAUGGAGACGAGCACAAGGGCAAGAAGGGCAAGAAAGGCCAUAAAUACGGCGAUAAAGGUCACCACAAGAAAGGUCAUAAGCAUAAGGGCCACAAAGACGUGUAUCAUAAGGAGGAGUAUCACCACCACAAGAAAUUCUACGAUGACGGCGACAAGAAGAAAUAUCAUAGUAAAUAUGAUGACUUCGACAAAUACUUCAAGGCCCACAAAGGAAAAGACCAUAAAGGAGAACAUUACAAGGGAGGAAAGCACCACGACAAGCACGGCAAAAAGGGUCACCACGAGAAGGGCAAGUACCACGAUGACCACAAAGGCCACAAAGGUGACUACGGCAAAAAGGGCCACUACGGUCAUAAGAGCUCCUACGACAAGAAGGGGGGACACAAAGGCGACUACGGGCAUCACGAACACAAAGGCCACGACGAUCAUGGGUAUGGUCACGAUGACCACGGCCACGGAUACGGACAUGACGACCACCAUGGAGGUUAUGGCCACGAUGACCAUGGGCAUGGUUACGGCCACGAUGACCACGGGCAUGGUUAUGGGCAUGACGAUCACCAUGGAGGGUAUGGACACGAUGACCAUGGACAUGGCCACGACGAUCACCAUGGGGGGUACGGCCACGACGAUCACCACGGUCAUGAUGAUCACCAUGGCCAUGGGUAUGGGCAUGAUGAUCACGGGCACGGCUAUGGCCAUGACGAUCAUGGGCACGGGUACGGCCACGACGAUCACCAUGGAGGCUAUGGCCACGACGAUCAUCAUGGACAUGGCUAUGGCCAUGAUGAUCAUCAUGGUCACGGGUAUGGGCACGACGACCACCACGGAGGGUAUGGGCAUGACGAUCACCACGGGUACCACUCGAACCCCAAACCUGUGACCGUGGCAACGUACAAUGCCAAGAAGCAGGAUCCUGUGCCUGUUUACGUCCCUGCCUCAAAAUCUUCUGCUGGAUAUGCGACAUACUAUUAA